UAGAAGGCGACGACUCAAAUGAGACGACUAUGGUUGACCUGUGGAGUGGGAAGCUCGAGUCUCCCUAGAUUACUACUACACUCGAGCUCGAUCCUAACAACUGCGAGAGCGUCUCUGAUCUCCACCACCUCCUUCGCCCUCAAUACGUCCCACACGAGGACCUCUCGCUUAGCAACUGUAUCAUCCAUGGCUUCUGGAGACGAAUUAGCUGUUUUCAAUUUGUCUGAUUCUAGCCUUCUUAAGAUCCUUAAAGGUGAUAUCACCAAGUGGUCCGUCGAUGGCUCCUCCGAUGCUAUUGUCACUCCAGCAAAUGAGCGUAUGUUAGGUGGUGGUGGUGCUGAUGGAGCAAUACAUAGAGCUGCCGGGCCACAACUCAGAGCAGCAUGCUAUGAGGUUCCUGAAGUUCGUCCCGGAGUCCGUUGUCCAACCGGAGAAGCAAGGAUUACUCCGGGUUUUAACCUGCCUGCAUCGCGUGUGAUUCACACCGUUGGACCGAUCUAUGACUCGGAUAUCAACCCUAAAGAGUCCCUCACAAAUUCUUACAAAUAUAGUCUGAGAGUGGCAAAGGAAAACAACAUCAAAUACAUUGCAUUCCCUGCCAUAUCUUGUGGGAUUUACGGAUAUCCUUUUGAUGAAGCUGCUACUGUUAGUAUAUCAACCAUUAAACAGUUCUCUAAUGACCUUAAAGAGGUGCAUUUUGUUUUGUUCGCGGACGAUCUAUUCAGCUUGUGGGUAACCAAAGCAAAGGAGAUGCUACAAAAAGCCUAAGAUUCCAUCAGCGGCGUAAAAUACACCACAACUAAUCCCUAAACCUUCACACAAACAAAGCGUUUGCUACUUUGUGUAAUGUUAUGAGCGCCUUGUGAUUUGUUUGUUGUGGUUAGAUUUCGUAAUAAAGAGAUUUCUGUUUCUACAUUUUUUCCUAAUUGUUUUUGCAAUAACACUGUUAGAUUACGUAAGAAAAGGAAAUUAAUGAUGAUAUGACAAAACGAGCGUUCAGAUGA